AUUUUACUCACCCCCUUCUAUUUAACUGCCCAACCCAUCAGAGAUUGAUAAAGGGUGUUUAAAUUCAGGAUCUGAUGGGGUUACUCAGGGAUCUCCGGAGGCUCCUGAGGAUAUUGCCUGUAGUUUGUAAACACCCGUAGCAGAGAUGAGAUGAAGAAAAUGUUCAGUGACUGCUUCUUUGCCAGAGCUGAGUCUGAUUUCUUUGGAAACUAGUCUUUUUUAUUGCUUAAAGAGAUCUUGCAGAUGGUUUGCCUGGUUAUGCUCGGCUGAAUGCCCUCUGAGUCAAGCAACUGAAGGACGGGAGACCACUUUUCCUCUGGAUAUGUGUCACAAAGAUGUCUACACGGAACUGCCAGGGGAUGGAUUCAGUGAUCAAGCACCUGGACACAAUCCCUGAGGAUAAAAAAGUCAGAGUUCAGAGGACACAGAGCACUUUUGACCCAUUUGAGAAACCAGCCAAUCAAGUAAAAAGGGUGCAUUCUGAGAACAAUGCUUGCAUUAACUUUAAGUCCUCCUCUGCUGGCAAAGAGUCACCUAAAGUUCGAAGGCACUCCAGCCCCAGCUCGCCGACAAGUCCCAAGUUUGGAAAAGCUGACUCAUAUGAAAAACUGGAAAAGCUAGGGGAAGGAUCUUAUGCAACAGUAUACAAAGGGAAAAGCAAGGUAAAUGGGAAGCUGGUGGCUCUAAAGGUGAUCAGGCUGCAGGAAGAAGAGGGGACACCUUUCACGGCCAUCAGGGAAGCUUCUCUAUUGAAAGGAUUAAAGCACGCAAACAUUGUGCUGCUCCAUGACAUCAUCCACACCAAGGAGACACUGACGCUUGUCUUUGAAUAUGUGCACACUGAUUUAUGUCAGUACAUGGACAAGCACCCUGGAGGACUCCAUCCAGACAAUGUGAAGUUAUUUUUAUUUCAGUUGCUGCGAGGGCUGUCUUACAUCCACCAGCGGUAUAUUCUGCACAGAGACCUGAAACCACAGAACCUCCUCAUCAGUGACACGGGGGAGUUAAAGCUGGCAGAUUUCGGUCUUGCAAGAGCAAAAUCCGUCCCUAGCCACACGUACUCCAAUGAAGUGGUUACCUUGUGGUACAGACCUCCAGAUGUUCUCCUGGGCUCUACAGAGUACUCCACCUGCCUUGACAUGUGGGGAGUUGGCUGCAUCUUUGUUGAGAUGAUCCAAGGAGUUGCUGCAUUUCCAGGAAUGAAAGACAUUCAGGAUCAACUUGAACGAAUAUUUCUGGUUCUUGGAACACCAAAUGAGGACACAUGGCCUGGAGUUCAUUCUUUACCACAUUUUAAGCCAGAACGCUUUACCGUGUACAGCUCUAAAAGCCUCAGACAAGCAUGGAAUAAGCUCAGCUAUGUAAACCAUGCCGAAGAUCUGGCUUCCAAGCUUCUACAGUGUUCCCCAAAGAACAGGCUGUCUGCACAGGCCGCCUUGAGCCACGAGUAUUUCAGCGAUCUCCCCCCGCGGCUAUGGGAGCUGACUGAUAUGUCUUCUAUUUUUACCGUCCCAAAUGUGAGAUUGCAACCUGAAGCUGGAGAGAGUAUGAGGGCCUUUGGAAAAAACAGUAGUUAUGGCAAAAGUCUGUCGAACACCAAGCACUGACUGGCCUGGCAUUCUCGGGAGAGCACAGGAUUAAGUUGUCAUCAUUCUGGGAAGAAAAAGAAGAAAAAAUACAAAAAUUAAAAAAAAAAAAAACACUAAUGAAGUGGCCAACAGUGCCGGGCUCCUGGAUCAGUUCCCUUCUGCCCCCUGUGGUGGAUUUCACUUACAAGAAAAUUGAAGCUGGCAAGACCCUGUUUUCUCUGCAAUUUAUUUAAAACCUUGCACGCAUUUGGAUACCUUGUGAUUUCCAAGAACUAUGUGAAGAUUAAGCUUUGCUUACUGAUACAUGGCAUGUAUUCUUUUCAGUCUUUUGUGUUUGAUUCUGUUUGAUUUCCCUCUGCUGCACAGUGUCUCUGUGAAGCUUUUCAUGUUUUCACCAGCCAUGUCUUAAAUACAUGAAGACAACACAUUUGGUGUUCACACUUCCUCAGUAAUGUCUGCACUUGAAAGCACACAGUGGCAUGAGACAAUGUGUGUUUUCUUUGGAACAGAGUGCAUUCUUCAACCACCAGGAAGGAUAUUCUUAUUGCUAAAACAAACCCCAUGCUUUCUGACUGACUAGACACCAUGGUCCCAGACAGUGGGGCUCGACCUGUUGCUUACUUUUGAGGACGUUUGGAAAUGUCCCCAUAUUUAUAGGAGCCCAGAAUCUGCUUAGUAUUCCCAAUAGUUUCUGAGCAGGUUGUGGGUAGAAAAACAAGCACCAAGAACAAAGACAGGAAUGAAGGCUAUUUGUUUGUUUGGUUUUUUUUUUUUUUUUUUUUUUGAGUGUUUUUCCUUUUAACCUGUAGAAAGCAAGUCAACUUUUACAUGUAUUCUGGGUCUUGUCAACAUUUUAUUUUUUCCAUUAGCUCUGUUAUGCUCUUUAUUUUUUAACUGGAGAAAAUAGUGAGGAAUAUCUUUCUUAAAACUUGGGUGCAAAAAAAAAAAAUCUGUCGGGGUGAGUCCUGGAAGCCAUCUUGACUGAUUAAUGCUUAAAAGGCAAAUUUAAAAAUUAUCUACAGUUAAAAUUUUUUGCUCACUUACAGCAAAGCACCUUUGAAUUGAUUGUUCAGAAACAUUCCAAGCCAUUCAGAAGGCAUCACUGGGUACCAGACUUUAAACCACUCUCCCGUAAUAACUGUUCAAAUUCAGUUCUUAAAAGCAAUUCGGGAAUUUUGCUUUAAAAAAAGAAGUGGCAAAGGAAGGUCUGGCUUCCCUUGUUUUAAGGAGCUCUGGGACCUUGGAAAGUUUGUGUCACAGGGAGAGAGGACUCUGGCAUACACUGCACCUUGAUCUGGGGGAGUUGCCCGGUGCCGGCCUCUUCCAUAAGCAGCCUCACCACAGAAUCCCAGGAAAGCUGGGCCCAAGGGGCAGUAAGGAAACUUCACAUAAAGCGUGCCCUUUGCACUUCCUGACACAAAUCCCCAUGGAAUCACAUCUGUACACAUUGUUUUAUGUUUUACUGUUCCUGAGAAAAGAGGAAAAACUAAGAGCUUGAAAGGUGUCACAGUUUUAGGAUCAGGACUGGGAAUUAUGAUCCCCUUUGACAAGGGCUUUCUGAUUCUUGAAUGAGGGGUGGGCUUCUUUGUAGUCAAACCCAGUGUGUCCCUGGAAGUAGAGCCAGCUUCCUAAACUUUCAAAGGCAUUGCCUCUGAGUAAUAAGCAUAGCCCACCCUCUAGCCUAUCCAGAGGGAGCAGGAACUGCGAUCUUGAAAACACUGAGCAAGAAAUUGCUUCCUGUGAAUGGUUUGGAAGAAGGCAAAAGUGUCACGCAAGGUGACAGUGUUUACUGUUUGCUGCCCGGGAAUAAUUUUCAUCCCUCUUUCAUACAUUCCUUCCAUGGGAAGUCUUUACAGGUAUUUUGAUUUAAAGUAUAAUUAAAUUGGGAGUUCUUUAAGUGGGGAGAAAACUUUAUGUAUAAUUAAAAACAGCCUCCCCUGUGAUUUGCUUAGAAUCCUCCAUUCAUCUGGGGGGGUGGAGCAUCAUGUUUAUAUUUCACUAAGUAUAAGUCAGGAGCCCCAUGCUAAUGUUAAAAGGUUUCAAGUAAGAAGGUAAAGGCAACUAGAGAUCCAUGUCCUUGUCUAGACAGCUUCUCCUGGGAAGUAAGACAUAACACUGCUCGGUGUGGGGUCUGCCUCAAGUCAGGCACCUCUCAGGUUAGAAGGGUUCCAGUUCCCAUCCUUGUCAUCAAGGAAGGAAAUCCAAAGUGUCUGCCCCCCUUCCAGCCUAGCACAGUCACAUCCCCCUCCCCUGCUUUUCUCUCCUGCCCUCUCUGAGGGCAUCAUGAAAAUCAGUACAGACCACAUUCAUUAACCUGUUAUUAUACUAUUGAGAAAGCGCUGGAAUGCUUGGUGAGAUUAUUUUUCUAUGAAGGAAUAGCUUGAGUUUAGACAGCUGGUAAGAAUAGCACGGACACCUUGGCAUGGCGAUUGUAUCCACUCCCCCUCACUGCACACAGUAUUUGGAAAGGAAGUAUGGUACUUAGUUUCUAUCUUCUUAAGGGGAUCCGUUUAAUUCAUUAAGAAAUACAAGAUACAUAGGACGCAAAAAUGUGUUUGCUGUACUAGCCAAAAAAUUAGAGGUAUAAGUCAGGGGGAGCUGCCAUGUAAGGAUGAGAAUGUAUUUCUAGCUCUCAAGUGACUAGAAAAGCUUCCAAGGGAGCCUGUGGGGAUUUAGGAAAGCCAAGACCUCUUGGUACCCUUCCCUCUCUGUAUGUGACAGCCACUAUAAUCAGUACCCUGUGUAUGCGUACGGGGCAGACACGCAUCUGUGAAUAUUAUGGUUUGUAAUCUUCUGUUAUAUAAGAGGAUGUUUAGGUUGUACAUACCGGGGUAGAUUGUUGCCUGCCCCUAUACAUAGAAAUAUGCUGCAUAAUUGUGCAUAACUUCCUUCUCCUUUCCUGGCUUGUACACAGAGGAAACUGUAUGUUAGCCUUCCGUUUCCUCGUACGCCAAACUGAAAAUUUUUAAAUCUCAAAUGAAAUAAGCGAUUUCCUGUUCUCACUACCCCCUUUCACAGCAGCAUAUAUUAGAGGCACAUAUAAAAUCUACAUUCUUUGUGAGUGGACUUUCCAUUUUUCCUUGUUUCCUUUUUUUUCUUCCCCCCUUUGUUUCUAUGAUGCACUGAGUUGUGUACUUUUUAAUGGGGUUAGUACCUCAGAUACUCAUUAUGCUUCAACAUGACACAUAGCAAGGAGAAUGGAAUACUACAUGUUGCCUAUGUGUUGCCAAUUGUAUUUUGUCUGUAUUAUGAAGAAUGUAAUGGUUUGUCAGCUGUCAUUGUUGUUUUCUGUAACAUGAUAUGGAAUAAAGUAUAGCCGAAUCUGCA